AUGCCUAAGAACUACCAGCACAUUUUGUCCUUAGUGUUUGCCAUAAAGGAGAUCAAUGAGGAUCCCAAAAUCUUAUCAAAUAUCUCUUUGGGGUUCCACAUCCUCAACAGCUACUACACGGCAAGGAUGACCUAUAAGGCUACCCUCAGCCUGCUUUCCACACAACAUCAGUUUGUGCCCUAUUUUAAGUGUCACCACCAGAACAAUCUCAUUGCUCUCACUGGGGGAUGUAUCUCUGAGAUCUCUGCCAAUAUUGCUACCAUUUCAGCUAUCCACAAAACUCCCCAGCUCACUUAUGGAUCCUUUUUUCCAGUAGAAGAUGUCAAAAGUCUACUCCCAUUUUUGUACCAGAUGGUCCCAAAUGAAGCCAAACAGCACAAAGGAGUUGUACAGUUACUACAAUAUUUCAGAUGGACGUGGAUUGGGGUUUUGGCUGUGGAUGAUGACAAAGGAGACAGGUUUUUACAAACAAUUGUACCAACACUUUCCCAAAAUGGCAUCUGUUAUGCCUUCAUAGUGAGACUACCAAAAUGGAAUUAUCUGGAUGAAAUUAUACACAUGAUUUUACACAAGUGGGAAUAUUUUGAAACUCUCUUUGAGAGAAAAGCCAAUGUAUAUUUCGUAUAUGGCGAGCCACCAUCCUUUCAGGCAUUGAGAAUAUUGUUGUUUCUAGCACCCUUUUUCUCAGUGUCACCUCUGGGUAAAGUGUGGAUUGUUACAUCCCACUGGGAUUUUGCAUCACUUCCUGUUCAAAAGAUAUGGGAUAUGCAAGCCUUCCAUGGUUCCAUAUCCUUCACAGUACACUCAAAUCAGCCAUUAGGAUUCCAAAAGUUUAUCCAGAUGAUAAAUCCUUCCUGGUCAAAAGGAGAUGGUUUUAUCCAGGACUUCUGGGAACAGGCAUUCAGCUGUUCAUUAAAAAUGUCUGAGGAUGAAGAGGAAGGGGAGGAAAAUAAUAAAUUAUGCACUGGGGAGGAGAAGCUGGAGCAUAUUCCUGGAAUUCUGUUUGAAAUGAAGAUGACUGGCCACAGCUACAAUGUCUACAAUGCUAUCUAUGCCGUGGCACAUGCUUUGCAUGCCAUAUACAAAUCCAGCUGCAAACACAGAAUAGUCCAUCACUUUCUAAGGCAUAUUGUAUUCAAUAACAGUGUUGGGGACACCAUAUAUUUUGAUGAAAAUGGAGAAUUAGCUGCUGGUUUUGAUGUUACAAACUGGUUGAUAUUCUCCAAUGGCUCACUGGUUAGAGUCAAAGUUGGAAGACUGGACCCACAUGCUCCUAGGGGCAAAGAGUUAACCAUUAAAGAAGGCCUGAUUAUGUGGCAUAAAAGCUUUAACCAGGUGCUGCCAGUUUCUGUGUGCAAUGACAACUGCUAUCCUGGUUUCAGUAGGAAAAAGAAGGAGGGAGAGAGAUUUUGCUGCUAUGAUUGUGCUCCAUGUCCAGAAGGGAUGGUUUCUCACCAGAAGGACUUAGAUAGAUGUGGCAGUUGUCCAGAGGAUCAGUAUCCCAACAAGGAGCAAACUGAGUGCAUACCCAAAGAUGUAAGCUUCCUCUCUUACAAAGAAGAGUUAGGGAUCAUCUUGGUUAUACUGGCCAUUUCUUUCUCUUUGAUUACAACUUUAGUACUUGGAACUUUUGUGAAGUACAAGGACACCCCCAUUGUCAAAGCCAACAACCGGACCCUCACUUACAUCCUCCUAAUCUCCCUCCUCCUUUGCUUCCUCUGCCCCUUCCUCUUCAUUGGACAGCCAAGAAAGGUGACAUGCCUUCUCCGACCAACAGCUUUUGGCAUUGUCUUCUCUUUGGCACUUUCCUCUGUGUUGGCAAAGACCAUCACUGUGGUUCUAGCAUUCAUGGCAACCAAACCUGGAACCAGGAUGAAGAAAUGGGCAGGGAAAAGACUAUCAAAUUAUGUUGUCCCUUCCUGUUCCUUUAUUCAAGCUAGUAUUUGCACUAUAUGGUUAAGUACUUCCCCUCCAUUUCCAGAUAUAGACAUGCACUCAGUGAGUGGAGAAAUCAUACUGGAAUGCAAUGAUGGUUCAGGUACUAUGUUUUACUCUAGCUUGGGCUUCCUGGGCUUCCUGGCUAUUGUCAGCUUCAUUGUGGCUUUUUUAGCCAGGAAGUUACCUGACAGUUUCAAUGAGGCUAAGUUCAUCACUUUCAGCAUGUUGGUGUUUUGCAGUGUUUGGUUGUCCUUUGUUCCAACCUAUCUGAACACCAAAGGAAAAUACAUGGUGGCUGUGGAGAUCUUCUCCAUCUUGUCCUCUGGUGCUGGGUUACUGGGUUGCAUCUUUUCCCCUAAAUGCUUCAUCAUUGUGCUGAGGCCUGAGCUGAACAACAGGGAGCAACUAACAAGGAGAAAAAGAUGA